UCUGAAAAUGAGGAUGUCAACAUUAGCUAGCUAGCUAGAUAGCCAGCUAGUCUUUGGUCAGGUUCAUGUGUAAUGUUACGUUUAAAGAAGAAUCAUAACGGAAACGUAGUAUGAUGAAUGGGUAUUUUGGUACAACGUUAUGCAUAUGGCUCAGCCUGUGAGCUUGCGCUGUGUAUAGCAACACCGAUAGACCCCCCCCUCGCCCUCUGUAGCCACAACAUUUCGCCCAACACCAAAGCACUAGAAAUAGCAAAACAGGUAAGAGGGGGGCCAGGGAGGACAACAGAGGUGGAGAAGGAGUGGGUGGAGGUGGGUGGUAAGUGAUUGUGGAUGGUGGUGGGAUUCGUGGGCUCUUCCUGACCCCGCCUUGAGACCUGCCCUGUCAGGCCUCGCCCAUCCCCUCUUCUCAGCCUGCUGUCGGUCCAUGUUCCCUAUGCUAACCCUGCUGAGCAUGUUCUACUACAUCUGUCUGCGGCGCCGCUGUAGGAGUGGGUCCCGGAGCGAGGCGCUGGGCAGCCGGAGGGCUGUGGAGCUGGCGCAGAGAGCCUCCGGCCCAGCAGGGGGCGGUAGUGUCGGCGGUGUCAGUAGUGGUGGCGAGCUGGAGCAGUAUGCCAAGGAGGUGGUAGACUUCAGCUCGCACUAUGGCAGUGAAAACAGCAUGUCGUACACCAUGUGGAACCUGGCCGGGGCGCCCAACGUCUACCCGAGCUCGGGUGACUUCACGCAGACGGCCGUGUUCAGGACGUACGGGCGCUGGUGGGAGCGGUGCCCCAGCGCGGGCGCCCCAUACAGACGCACGCCCAGGUCCUUCCACAGCAGGGACUUCCUGGAGCUGGCCUUCGAGGAGCCCGUGUACCCCACAGCCGUGGAGGUGCUGGAGACCUACCACCCGGGGGCAGUGGUGCAGAUCCUGGCCUGCUCACUCAACCCCUUCUCCCAGAACCCACCCACUGACGUCCGGUGGGAGGUGCUGUGGUCAGGGGAGCCCAGUAAGGCCCUAGCGCCCCAGUCCCGCCAGUUCUCCCCUAGCAUCCGCCAUCUGAGCUUCCCCACCAACCUGCUGAGGGUGGAGGUCAACAGCAGCCUGCUGGAGUACUACACGGAGCUGGACGCGGUCAUCCUGCGUGGCGUACGCGAGCGGCCCAUGCUGGCCCUCUACAAGAUACCCCUCAUCGACAUGAACGACCUGAGCGACGGCGAGGACGAGACUGCUAUCGGCAUCAGCAGCCAGCGCCACCCGCAGGCCGGAGACGGCAAGUACAACAACACUGGCAACGGCUACUUCGACAAGCUGCCUUAUGAGUUGAUCCAGUUAAUCGUGAGCCACCUGACGGUGCCGGACCUGUGUCGUCUGGCCCAGAGCUGUAAGCUGCUGCAGCAGCAUUGCUGUGACCCACUCCAGUACCUGCAGCUGAGCCUGCAGCCCUACUGGGCCACGCUGACCGAUGCCUCGCUCGUCCACCUGCAGCCCCGCUGUGUCCUGCUGCAGCGCCUCAACAUGUCCUGGACCGGCAACCGCGGCGCACUCACCUCCAACGGUUUCUGCAGUUUUCUGAAGGCGUGCGGUCAGAGUCUGGUGAGUCUGGAGCUGUCAUGUUGUCACUUCCUGACCGAGGCAAGCAUGGAGGUCAUCUCGCAGACGUGUCCGGGCCUCCAGGAGCUCAACCUGGCUUCCUGUGACCGCCUGCAGCCUCAGGCCUUCAGCCACGUGGCCAAGCUCAACAGCCUGCGCCGCCUCGUACUCUACCGCACCAAGAUAGAGCAAACAGCCUUGCUGAGCAUCCUGACCUUCUGCACGGAGCUGCAACACCUCAACCUGGGCAGCUGUGUGAGGAUCCAGGACUACGACGUGGUGGCCAGCAUGCUGUCGGUGCGCUGCCGGCGUCUGCGCUCGCUGGACCUGUGGCGCUGCGGCAGCCUGACGGAGCGAGGCCUGGCCGAGUUGGCCGCGGGCUGCCCCCUGCUGGAGGAGCUGGACCUGGGCUGGUGCUCCACCCUGCAGAGCAGCUCGGGCUGCUUCCAGCGGCUGGCCCGCCGCCUGCCGCGCCUGCGCAAGCUCUUCCUCACCGCCAACCGCACCGUCUGCGACGCCGACGUGGAGGAGAUGGCCGCCUGCUGCCCCGCGCUGCACUACGUCGACAUACUGGGCACACGGAUGGUGAGCCCGGCCUCCCUGAGGAAGCUCCUCCAAUCAUGUCCAAACCUGAAGCUGGUGGACGUGUCCUUCUGUUCACAGAUUGACACUCGGGCUGUACAGGAGCUCUCCGCUCUCUUUCCCAAUGUGGCUAUCAAGAAGAGCUUUACACAGUGACACUGUGCCACAAACACACACACACACACACACACACACACAAACGUUUUUAUUAAAACACAUACACACUGGCUCUCUUAACCCACCCACACAUGCAGACAUGCUGCAGAGGCCAGAGGUAAACCGACAGCGGCAGCUUCUCCGUACGUGUGUGUGUGUGUGUGUGUGACGUGUGUGUGACGUGUGUAUGUGUGUGUGAGAUGUGUGUGUGAUGUGUGUGUGUGUGUGUGAGAUGUGUGUGUGAUGUGUAUGUGUGUGUGUGGAGAAAGGAAUAAAGUGGGGGUUGCUUUAGCUGUUGACUUUCGGCUGGGAAGCACAUGCUGAACGCUGCUGGCCUUGGCGGUUCCAGAAGGCUUUUCUGAUGGGGUCAAAGGUCGCUGACGUUGACCCCCCCCCCCCCCCCCCCCAGAUUGCAUUAAGACGUUGGCACCUUGUGUUGCCAGGUCAGGGUGCCCUUCCUAAGCCCACGGAGGUUAGUUGUCCCUCUGCCGUGUCUGUAAAGAAACCUGAGGCUGACCUCAGUGGAAAUCCAAAAUCUCAGGGUUUUAUUUCUUUCACUCUGUCUUCUGUUGUUAUUGUUGUUUUUAUUUACUUUUCUGAUGCCCUCGGCUGACUGCGUUUGAUGGAGAGUGGCGAGUCGUACGGGCAAGACUGGCAUCAGUGCCACCCACUGCCACCGAUAUUUUUCAUUUCAAAACGGACAGUUGCUUCAACAUUGCAAGAGCCUUUUAGAUAAUGUAUUGGUGUUGAAUGUUUUGAAGGAGAAAAAAAAGAAAAAAAGGAAACGCACACAAAUGAUUGUGUACUUGUUAUGCCAUGUUCAAUAUUAUACAAAAUUAACAAACUGUCAACAGUACCAAUGUAUGUACACUGUGGUGCAUAUCCAAGGUUUUUUUUUUGGUAAAACUUGAAGUUUUCAUUUAAUUCUGCUCUGACGUAUAGGUAACGUUUCCCUGUGCCUUAUUUUAAUAACUACAUGUGGUAUGCCUCUCUAUGCCUAUGUGCGUGUGUGUGCAUGUGUGUGUGCAAUUAGAUACGUUGAGAAAUAGUUUUUGUUUGCCCUAAUCAGACGUUGAAUGGGAACUCAGGGCACAGAAGUAGAUUAGUGUCCUGUUUUUAUAAAUUUAUUUAAGUCCAGGCUUUUCAAAUAUGCAAUGUUUUACUUUCCUGUAGGAGGCAUCAGGCCUCCAGAAACCACUGUCAUGGUGCUUCUGGAUUGCAAGCACAUACACGCUCACACACAAAUACAAUCCAACCUUACUGUCAAAGAUAUUCUCUUAAGUUUUGAUAUAUAUAUUUAUGUGUGUGGGGGGUUUGGGGUAGAUGAAGGGGGCAGAAGUGAUAUUUGUUUAAUUUAUUGAUAUUUUCUGUUGUCGAAAUGGCGUGAUGCCCGGUCAGUGUUGGUCAUGUGAUCGGCACUGGGCGAUCUGAUUGGUAGUGUUGGCCGUUCAGGAGGAUCUAGACAUCUCAGUUGAAUAAAUUGAGAGUUGAUGAUCAGUAA